CUAUCUUUUGCAGGGCUGAGGUCUAUCUUGCUCGGAGAGCUCGGCUGUGGUGUCGAAUCACAGACCCAAGCCAAGACCUGGCCCGCCCUUGGUCGUCGGCUCGCUGCGCUGGCAAGCGAGGUGCUUGUGUGUUGCGGCCGCCUCGUUGCGAUCAGGCUGCAUCUCAAGCCAGAACCAUACCAGCGCCGCUUGCUCACACCUCCUGGCCAGCUGUCGCUCCGGAAUGUCGCCAAACCUCAAUAUCUCGGACAUGCCUUCGGGCUCGGGUUCGGGCAUGUCGCCGCAGCCGAAAUCAUCGGGGGUAUUGCCGGGUCUCAGCGCACAGUUCCCCGUCCCCAAGAUCGGCGUCGAAGACACAGUCCCGAUUCCCGCGAUUCCUCAGCGUUCAGAAGAAACCUUUGUGACCCAGCGAGCCGGAAAAAUCAUCAACAUUCCUGUGAUUCCGAGUGAUGCUCAACCGUCGUCGCUGUUUGAGAAUCGAAGGGCGCUGCAGUCCACCCUCCUUCUCAACAAGAAGCGAGAGAUGCAGCAAGUCCAGGCGAUGCUUGAGAAGAAACGCGAGGAGUUUGCCAAGCGAAUGGAGGAGUGUCGUGAGAAACAGGAAGAGCUACGGACCAAGCAAAAACAAAUCCGGGAGCGGGUGCUCAAGUUUGAAAAGUUCCUCAAAGAAAACGACGCCAAGCGGCAGCGUGCGAACCUGAAGGCCCAGACAGAGAAGAAGCUCAAGGAGCAAAAGGAGCAAGAGCUUAGUGCUCUCCAGCGGCAGCUGCAGGAGGAGCAAAUCAAGGCCAAAAAGAUCCUCAGCAUGCUCAAAAAGUACAAAGUGUAUGAGCAAUACUUGCAAUCCGUGGUCGACAUCUUGCCCCAGGACUACCUCGACGUGAACGAGCCGCACAUCAACGACAUAUUGAUGCGCUACAAGACACUGAUCGAAACAAAUCAGGAUCUGAUUCAGAUGGUCCAAGUCUACCAGGACCAAAUGGAGAAGGAGCAGAGUACAUUGGCUGAGCUCAUCAAGGAUAAGCAGGAUUUGAUUUUAGUUUUCAACUCCCAGCUGGGAACCCAGCAAAAAAAGUACGACAGCUUGAAACAGCACUGCGCGUAUCUCGCCGAGAAGCUCGAGGAACGGGACAAGACCGGAAAAGAGAGGAUGCGAACGCUGGGCGAGGCCAAGCUUGCCAUCUUCAACAUCUUUGACCGUAUAUCGGUGCGCAUCCAAAAGCCCACCCGCACCAAUUUCCUGAAUGCCCCAAACUCAGAGAACAACAACGCCGCAUCGGGAGCCGAUGCUCAAAUGGCCUCGUCGCCGAUGACGACCAUGCCCCUAUCGUCGGUGCACACCAAGGCCGAUAUCUCCAAGGUGUUUUCCGAGAAGCUGCAUGCCAUCCAGGAGCGCAUCAUCGAUUUGCAGCAUAUCAUCCAAAAAGCCGAGCAAGCUGUCGCCCAUGAGCGCGGCGAGCGGGCGCGCAAGCUUGCGGCGGUUGUGGGCGACUCGUAACGGCAGCAGGCGCAUAUGAGUGCAGCCAACCCAACCCAACGCCAGCUGCAGCAUGGCGUGGGAACCAGACGGGACACGAAAC